UUUGUUUCAAUUCUGGCAGCAAUCACGCGUGACAGAACAUGGCAAGGCAAUCAAAGAGUUCUUGACCACAAGCUUUGGCCUUCGACAAAUAAGAAACAGUAGGAAGAGAAAAAGAGGCUAAACUACAGUUUCAACUAGAGUGAAAGAGAAGCAUCCAGUAGCUUUCCCGUCUCCUCAAAACUGUUGGCUAAGACUUCAAGACCUUAUUCCUGUGACAGAUUUUAUUAUUCUUUCUGGGUUUGAAUUCUUAAGGAAAAAGAUGACAAAAGAUAGGAAAAUUGGUGUGGCGGUGGACUUCUCCAAGGGAAGCAAAUUAGCUCUCAAGUGGGCAAUUGACAAUCUGCUAGAUCAAGGUGAUAACCUCUAUCUCAUCCAUGUCAAGCCCCAACAGGGUGGUGAAUCUCGCAACCUCCUUUGGUCUACCACUGGCUCACCUCUGAUUCCUUUGGCUGAGUUUCGUGAAAAAGAGGUGAUGCAGAAGUAUGAGGUUGACCUUGAUCCUGAGGUUCUGGACUUGGUUGAUACUGCUUCCAGGCAGAAACAGGUGACUAUUGUCACAAAGAUUUACUGGGGUGAUGCCAGGGACAGACUAUGUGAAGCUGUUGGAGAUUUGAAGCUUGACUGUUUGGUCAUGGGUAGCAGAGGCCUUGGCACCAUCCAAAGGGUACUGAUUGGAAGUGUGAGCAACUAUGUGAUGGUUAAUGCAACUUGUCCUGUAACAAUUGUCAAGGAUCCCAGUGCUCAUGGAUUUUGAUCAGAAAGUCUAUUUAGUUUUGUGCAAAGUAUUGUAUCUUUGAAAAUAAUUGCUGAUCUUGUAUCUCUACAGAGACGUAAGGACAUCUUGAUUCUCAGGUUGUGCUGAAAUCCUGAGUGUGUUUAGAUCAGUUCCUGUGCUGUUUCCAUGACUAAACUUUGUAUGUUCAUGGACAUUGUUCUUGGUUGCAUUAAAUAACAAAGUUUUACUUUCUAUA